CGCAGUGUCCCCGGGCCAAGAUGGCGGCGCGGUGCUCCACACGCUGGUUGCUGGUGGCUGUGGGGGCCCCGCGGCUGCCGGCUGCAGCGAGGAGAGGGGCCCGGCUGCCCGGGGGGGGCGAGGUGGGGGCGUCGCUGGGCCGCAAGCUGAGCGUCACCACCUUCCCGCCUUCCCUAGGAGCUCGAGGCCCCGGAGCGCUGCUGACAUUGAGACCCGGUGUCAGCCUCACAGGAGUAAAAAGUUACCCUUUUGUUUGUACUGCCUCCUUCCACACGAGCGCGCCUUUGGCAAAAGAGGAUUAUUACCAGAUAUUAGGAGUGCCCCGAGAUGCCAGCCAGAAAGAGAUCAAGAAAGCCUAUUACCAGCUUGCAAAAAAAUACCACCCAGACACGAAUAAGGACGAUCCCAAAGCCAAGGAGAAGUUCUCCCAGCUUGCAGAAGCCUAUGAGGUGCUGAGUGAUGAAGUGAAGAGGAAGCAGUAUGAUGCCUAUGGCUCUGCGGGCUUCGAUCCUGGGGCUGGCAGCUCUGGGCAGAGCUACUGGAAAGGAGGCCCCACAGUUGACCCAGAGGAGCUCUUCAGGAAGAUCUUUGGGGAGUUCUCAUCAUCUUCUUUUGGAGAUUUCCAAAGUGUAUUCAAUCAGCCUCAGGAGUACAUUAUGGAGUUGACCUUCAAUCAGGCUGCCAAGGGCGUCAACAAGGAGUUCACUGUGAACAUCACUGAUACCUGUGAGCGGUGUGACGGCAAGGGGAACGAGCCUGGCACCAAGGUGCAGCACUGCCACUACUGCAGCGGCUCUGGCAUGGAAACCAUAAAUACAGGCCCUUUUGUGAUGCGCUCCACGUGUCGAAGAUGUGGUGGCCGAGGCUCCAUCAUCACGACUCCCUGUGUGGUAUGCAGAGGAGCAGGACAAGCCAAACAGAAGAAGAAAGUGGUGAUCCCCGUGCCUGCUGGAGUCGAGGAUGGCCAGACUGUGAGGAUGCCUGUAGGAAAAAGAGAAAUUUUCAUCACAUUCAGGGUGCAGAAAAGCCCUGUGUUCCGGAGGGACGGCGCAGACAUCCACUCCGACCUCUUUAUUUCUAUAGCUCAGGCUCUUCUUGGAGGGACAGCCAGAGCCCAGGGCCUGUAUGAGACCAUCAAUGUGACGAUCCCCCCUGGGAUUCAGACAGACCAGAAGAUUCGGAUGAGUGGGAAAGGCAUCCCCCGGAUUAACAGUUAUGGCUACGGAGAUCACUACAUUCACAUCAAGAUAAGAGUUCCAAAGAGACUGACAAGCCGGCAGCAGAGCCUGAUCCUGAGUUAUGCCGAGGAUGAGACUGAUGUGGAGGGGACGGUGAAUGGCGUCACCCAGACAAGCACUGGUGGCAGCACCAUGGAUAGCUCCGCAGGAGGCAAGGCUAGGCCCGAGGCUGGGGAGGACAAGGAGGGAUUCCUUUCCAAACUUAAGAAAAUGUUUACCUCCUGAUAUCCCAGCCGAGGAAAACGGUCAACUGGAAACUAGGCCUGGAGCAGCUGGCCCUCCUCGCGGCCCAGGCAUCCUGGAGACAGGAGGAUUCCAGCACAGCAGCACCAAGCCCCUGCUUGCAGAGGUCCUCUGGACUACUUUGGCAACAGCAAAAUCAUGUGACAACACACCUCUCCACAUAACAGUCCCGGUGGACAGCCCCUCGGCAGUAAGGCGUGGCAUGCCUAAGGGCUGGUAGAAGUUUCCUGUCCACGGGUGGGUAACUCGGCCUCUUCUGGCUCAGGCAGGGUAAGACAGCUGGACACUUCUUGCAGAGCCAAAACUCUAAUUUGGAAUCGAAUGUGGUGGAGAUCUUAGUUAAAAAAUUAAAGGCCAUGCUUACAGCUUAAAAAUGAAGCCUUAAGCUGCAUCGAGUCAUGAAGUGAUUAAUUUUCCUCUCAUCAAACCUUUGGGAGGUUCUGGAAUGAAUUUUUCCUGACAGGUUGUCUUUUCCAGGAACGUGGGGCCUAUAUGUCCCACCAGCGUCAUCUACCCCUCAGCAGGGGCAUCACUUGCUCUUCUUCGAAUCUGUUUUAAUUCCCAAAGGUACCAAGGAGCUGGAACGUGGGGGCUUUGGGGCCUGGGGAGACACCUAUGAAGAGCCUCCUGGAGAUGCUGCUCCUGACCACAUGGGCCGUGAUCUUUGUCAGGACGGACAGUCCCUCCUGUGGCCUCUCGUCCCUGACUGUGGAGUUCUCUUGUUCUAAACCAGGUGCGAGUAGGGCUCCUGCCCUUCUGGGGACCUCAGCCGUCUGUGGCCAUGGCCUGGGGCAGACUAAUGCGCUCAUUAACCCGGAGCCCUGCCCUCGCUGCCAGUCAGGGUCUUGGUUCUCCCCACUCACACUGUUGACAUCUGUUUUCAGAAGUGUGUUUAAAUUAUUCAGUGCUAAGAAUCAUUGUCUUUUCCCAUAUAAAUAUUUGUUCAGCAAAGGAAAGCACAGUCUAAGCAGUUGAAGGCUCUCCACUGUCCAGCCAGAGCAGAACAUACUGUUUUCCCAGCCUCAGCCUGUAGGAUGUACAGGUUCCGUGUGUUUCCAGAUCCUCCCACUGUGGUAAGACAGGUUAAUGGAGAACACUUCGGAAUAGUUUCCUUUUUGUUUUCCUUCAUAAUUUACUAAAAUAAAGCAUCUAGUAGUGUCUGAUUUAAGAAUGUAAAAUGAUUCUGUAUCAAUGUAAAUAAGAUUAUCUACUGCAAAAAGAUAUUUAAAACCUAAA